GGCCGGGGAGUCUCCUAAGCGUGGCAUCCCGAGGGAAAGGGGAAGAUCCAAGAGGCGAGCUGAUCCCUUCUCCUCCUCCUUCGGACCAUGCAGGCCUCCCGGGCUGUUUGCUCGCUCUGCCUCUUCUUCCAAGCCCUCCUGCCUUCCGGGCGAGGCUGGCAAGUGCUGAAAAACGACGCCACGGAGCUCGUCCCGGACUUCCAGGAGAAUACGGAGGAGCCCACCUAUGCCCAGCAGCAGGACAACGAGACCAUGAACAACCGGGCGCAGCAAGGCGAGAGGAUCCCCCAGGUUUCCCUGAACAGGAUGGAACCGUUGGAAUUCAGCUGCCGGGAAGUGUAUUCCACCCGCUAUGUCACUGAAGGCCUGUGCCGCAGCGUCAAGCCAAUCAGGGAGCUGAUAUGUUCUGGCCAAUGCCUCCCUGCCCAUCUUCUCCCGAAUUCAAUUGGCAAAGGCAAAUGGUGGCGGCAGAAUGCCCUGGAUUACCGCUGCAUUCCUGCCCACAGUCGCUCCCAGCGCAUCCAGCUUGCCUGCCCCAAUGAGGACAUGCGGACAAUCAAGAUCCGGAGCAUCACCGCUUGCAAGUGCAAACGGUACACGCGCUACCACAACCGUUCCCAGCUCAAGGACUUCAGCAAAGAGACUGCCCGGUCUCAAAAGAACAAAAAGCUACGCUUCUCCAGAACCAGGGGCAGUAAGGCCCAUCAGCCAGAGCUUGAGAACUCCUACUAGUGGAGGAUUGGUUUGAAUGAAGCCCAGCCAAGAUGUGGAGAGAAUUUAUUUUUGUCUGAUUGCCAUGGGACUGAUUGCGAGGAUGGGUGGCCAUAGCCACCACAAUAGCUAUCUUGUGCCAAAAGGGAAGUCAGAUCUGAUAUAGCCAAAAGCUAUCAGACUCUCCUUGAGUUAUCCAGGGAGAGAGAAAGAUGGAGAGUCAGGAGGAGAAAGAAAGAGUGGAAUUGGAUCAGAGAAAGAAGCUGUUGUCAGCCUGAAAGAGGAAAGUUAUUCACAGGUUAGGAAAGGUCGAUUGAAUCAUAAGCUAAAGAAAGGCCUUCCGUUCUCCAAGUUUUCCUUGUCUUUCCUUGACUUGGCCAAGGAUUGGCAUCUCUCUGCAGAAGCAAGCAUACGUCAGUUUAGGAAAAUGUGAUAUUUCAAAGGACAUGUGUUCAACUGCGUGCAUCGCCAUUGCUGCCUUUUAUGCAUUCGUCUCUCUUGAGCUGUCUAUAAAUCAGUGCAUGGAAAAGCAUACUUUUUUGGACUAUAACUUAGAGAAUACUCCAGCCAGGAUAGCCAUGUUGGCUGGGGCAUUCUGGCAGUUAUAGUCCAGAUUUUGCCAAUGACUUAAUUUUGGUAUUCAUGCAUUGACUCUUGCUGUUCUGCUGUAUUAUGCUUGAGCUAUAUGCAAGUUGGCUUCCUCUUCUUGGGGAAAGGCUAUGCAAUGUGUCAACUGUGGAAGUAAAGAGGGGUUUUUUUUGUAAUCCAGCUAUAAUAUAUAGAGCCAUAUUGUCCAGAUGUUUAGUACAAAUGCAUAUACAUUUUCUAAUAGCAUUUUUGGGGCAUGUCAUAUCUGGAAACAAAUCUUGAAAAGUCUUUGUUAGAAACAGUAAAGGACAUGCAGGUUUACUGAGUACCAAAUGAAUAGCACAACAAUGAGAUGAGUAUAUAGGUGUAUAUUUCCUGGCAUUGGUGUGAGAGUGAAAGUACGUGCAGGGCGGAUAAGAAGGAAUGACAUUAUAGGGUACCUGCCAGAGUCCAUGGAUUAGCAGGGUGCUCAAUGCUGAUAUUUUCCCUUUCAUGUCAUAGGAAAUGAACAAGUCAAAUUACUGGUUCAUUUUAGGGAUGGAAUUAAUAUUUGAAAAGCAUUUGAACAAAGAAAAAUGGUUUCCCAGCUAUUGGGAAACAUUGAUAUUGCUGUAUUGUCAAAGGCUUUAAUGGCCAGAAUCACUGGGUUGUUGUAGGUUUUUCAGAAUGUAUGGCCAUAUUCUAGAAGCAUU